AAUGUUACUAUAAGUGAAGCUGCUAAGUACCUUAUCUGGGCUGGUGGGUUGACACAUGGAGGGGCGGGCUGUCCGAAACACAGACACCCCGCCCCGGCGAUGAUCGCAUUGGUGGAGCCGGGUGCCAAAGCCGGAGGGUCCUGAUCGGAGGGGUCUAGUGAUUGGUUGUUGGGGUAUGUGUGUGCAGGCAGCGCAGCCUUUCCGUUUGAAUGUGCUGGGGACUGGAGGGGAUCAUUUCCAUGGACCAUCUGUCUCUCUGGCUGCCCACACAACAAAGAAGGACCCAGGAUGGUGUUAGUACAUGUUGGAUAUCUGGUUCUCCCCGUCUUCGGCUCAGUUAGAAAUAGAGGAGCACAUUUCACCAGGCAUCAACAUAGCCAUGCUACCUCCUGCCGACACUUUCACCUGGGUGCUCCUCAGGCGCCCAUCUCAGCCGAGUUCCCUCUAGGACAUGCCAGCCAGCCCCCUCAGAACGGCUUGGCCACCCACCUGCCUCCGGCACACCAUCCGCCCCUCACUGCCCUGCCUGCAGCCCCUCAGUUCCAGGAUGUGCCAGGGCCUCCAUUCCUACCUCAGGCCUUACACCAGCAAUACCUCAUCCAGCAGCAGCUUCUUGAAGCGCAGCACCGCAGGAUUCUCCCGCACUCCAGAAGAACCCAGGAGCGCAUCCCCCUGAACCCUCACCGGCUGCGCUCAGGCUAUGAGUACUCCCCUCCCCUCCAUGUUCCCCAGCCAAUGACACAGCAGCCACGGUACCUGGCUGAAGGCACCGACUGGGAUCUCAGCGUAGAUGCCGGCCUCCCUCACCACCAGUACCAGCUCCAGCAGCUCCCGCAACACUAUCAGCAUUACCUGGCCUCCCCUCGAAUGCACCACUUCCCCAGGAACACUUCCUCUGCACAAGUGGUUGUGCAUGAAAUCAGAAACUACCCAUACCCCCAACUGCACCUGUUGGCGCUGCAAAGUCUGAAUCCUUCAAGGCACGCCACCGCCGUGCGAGAAAGUUAUGAGGAGUUGUUGCAGCUGGAGGACCGGCUGGGUAGUGUCAGCAGAGGCGCUGUUCAGACAACCAUAGAGAGAUUCACCUUCCCUCACAAAUACAAAAAGAGAAAGCCCCUGCAGCUGAAGAUUGGGGAAGAGGAGGAAACAGAUGUGGAUGAGAAAUGCACCAUCUGUUUAUCCAUGCUGGAGGACGGAGAGGACGUCAGGAGAUUGCCCUGCAUGCACCUCUUCCACCAGGGCUGCGUGGACCAAUGGCUGGCCACCAGCAGGAAGUGUCCAAUCUGUCGAGUUGACAUCGAAACACAGCUGAACCCUGACAGCUGAUGAGAUUUCACCUCCCCCCUUCCUUCUUGUCAAUCACCCUCGUGUGGUUCCUGCUUUCUUCCACCCCGGCUUGCCGGCCCUCUUUCCCCUCAUGUUGGGUGCUUUUGCCAAAAUGUCUCCAGACUUCAUGUGACAUCAUCACCCUUCUGACUCACGCUUUACUGAGCCAAGCCAGGAUAACUAACUGCACGAGAGGCCGCAAGGGACUCUCUUUAUAUAGAAGCACAUCCCUCUGGAAGCAAAAGACACGCAAAUACACACACACACCACACAAACAAACACACACACACACACACACACACACACACUCAUGUACACAGGGUUUACUUGUAGCUUGCUGGUCAUAAAUGGGGUGUUGUUACUGUUGUGGUGUUGUACUGUAGGUAGCCCUGGGCUGUGUAGCAUGUCCUUAAAGCCAUGACUUAAUGUCCUGAGAGUGGAAAACACAACCCCACACUGAGCUGGCUACUUUCUCUCUUUUCUCUCUCUUUCUAUAUACAUAUAUAUAUAUAUAUGAAUAUAUAUAUAUUUCUCUCUUUUCAAACUCCUUCAAUCAAAAUGAAUAUUCUGCCACACAAGAAAGCUUAACAGAAACUAAACGCUCUGAUGCCAUGUUUACCUAAAGAUCAUUUGUGGUCGUAGUAGAGUAGCAGUAACCAACAAGUGAUAUCUGGUGCACUGUUGCCUUCUUAUCGGUGGGCAAGCAAGCACCAGCUGAGUGUUUUAAUUCUAUCAUGCAGCUUUGACAUUUUGCAAUACAGUUGUACAUUUACCUUGGGUCGGUGUCCUGUGAGAUGGUGUUACGUGAGUAGGUGUCUUUCACUGCCGCAGAAACCUGAACCCGGUGAUGGAGUCGUCGUGUGUUCAAAUUUAAUAUAGGUAGAAAGUGUUUUACCAAAAUGCGUUUCAUCAUGGUGUCGCUUUGACCUGAUGCGCAGGUUCACAUGUGUGCUCCACCCUGCUGUGUGGACUUGCAGAAUGUGUCUAACAAAUGUGUGGAUGUUCAAAAAGUGCAAAGGCGAGUGUGUUUCAAGGAUUCGAGGCAACUCUUAAAGGAUAAUUGACUGUCUAUAUUUUUCUUAUUGUCAACUAAUCUCAUGCAGAGCCAAACCAACAAUUAACUGAUCUACU